GCAAGUUUUCGAUGAAUUAUUUAGCUUUGCAAGGCCUUUAAAUAAUAUAUAUUUGUAUUUACCCACUUUAUUAAAAUAUGUAGUUUUGGCGCCUGCGCGAUUUGCUUAAUUCGAAAGUAUUUUAUUUUCCUACAAAGUGUUUAAUUCAAAUUUUCGGUUUUGUAAAAUUUUCAGUUACAUGUUUAUUGUAAAAGACAUAUAUUGCUAUAAUAACAUUAAAUACAUUUUAUUUUAAUCUGUAAGAUCUUAAACUUUAAAAACUUCGUGUAGUGUUUUCUUUUAAUACAUGAUGACAUCAAUAUCCAAAAAAAUAUCCUCAAUAAUACAAAUGGGAUAUAGUGAAGAGUUAGCCAAAAAAGCGUUGAAAAAUAACGGAAACGAUGUAGAAAAGACUAUCAGUUUUCUUGAAAAAUUAAAAAGGCAUGGUUGCGAUAUAUCCGACACUCUAACAGAGGAAGAUGAAUCUGGAUCAGAUGAAGAGGAUCUGGAAGAAGACGAGGAUGAUCCUCUUGGGUUUUUAAAAGGCUCGAAGAAAUUAAAUGUGUUAAAAAACAUUAUUUAUCAAGAAGAUCCAGAAGAAAUUAACACUGCCAUAAACUCGGCUAUGGUUGCACUUUCAAUGGGAGAUUGGGAAGAAAUUACCCGAAAUCAAGAAGGUUUUUUGGACUUAUUAUGUAAUAAUGAUGAAAUAAAACAGGUAGAAUCUGUGAAAUUGAAGAAAGUUUUCAACAUUAAAGAUGAGGAAGGAAUACAAAAGGUAGUUGCUUUGGGGUUUCCUGAUUAUUUAGCAGAACAAGCAUUUUAUGCAUGUGAGAAGAAUAUAGAUGCUGCUGUUAAAUUACUGAGCCACAAAAAUAAAUAGCUUUGAAUCAUAUAAAUCUAAAAUGCCAAACAUAACUAAAAUAGUAGUCAUAUAUUACAAAAUAAGUAUUAAUGUUACGUUAUCUUUUUUAAAAUUUAUUUUGAGCUACAUCA